AAUGGCGCCAGCGGCUUGUGGGUCCGUCGUCGGACCAGUGGUCGGACUCGUCACCGUCGUCGCUCCGUCCGUGGCUGCCGUCACCGCAGGCACCACGACGCCGUGCAUGAAAUGGCCCGCCUCUACGUGUUGCUUCAGCUGUUAGCGGCACCGUUAACUGUGCUGACGUUGGAUCUAACCGGCGGCCUUUCGGCAGAUGAGUGCCUCGCGCGUGGAUUCAGGAAACCCGACCUGAUAUGCUCGUCGUGUAGGAUUUUGCCUAAUUUUGAUCUCGACUUUCUCAAAGAAGACUGCAACAAAUGCUGCGUGCAAACUGAGGAGCGAGUCACUGCAAAGAGGUAUGCCCGUGCUGUGCUGGAAGUAUGUGCAUGCAAGUUUGGACAUAUGCCUCAGAUUGAAGCAUUUUGCCGUGGGCCCAAGCCAAAGCAGUUUCCCAACCUAAGCAUCAAGUACCUAAGAGGUGCAGAUCCAAUCAUCAAGCUCUAUGAUGAGACUGGAGAAGUGCAAGAGGAACUCAGCAUUAAGAAGUGGGACACAGACACGAUAGAGGAAUUCCUGUUUGAGCACUUAGCUCCGUGACGUGGCUUGGGAAGCUUGGGUAGCAAAUUUUCUGUAGAUACGCAUGAGGGUGUAAAAAAUGGAGCUAACAGUUGAACCAUGAAUUCCUCCUGUAGGAUACCUUUUUAAUGCUGCUAUUGCAGUAAGUGCCGACACAUAUUCAGGGCAUAUCGCGCCAAAAUAUUUCUGAACUGCUUUUAUGCAGUGGUUGCAGUUUUGUGUUUGGCUCCUUCAUAUGCAUGGAAGUCUUUAGGCACAGUUGAAGGGAUGGGGAAAAAUAUAUCUCCAGGCUCGUUUCUGAGAUAUAUACAGACGUGUAUAGUUUUUGUAAGGUAAGAUUUUAACGUCUGUGCUAAUGCGACUUUUGCAAAUACUUUUUUUAACAUCUGUGCUAACUCGACUUUUGCAAAUGCUUUUUGAACUACUAUAACUAUAGCAUUGUGUUAGGACUGGGACUGUUUUUGAUGAGCGAUGUGUUUACUGAUGUUGAGAGUAAGCUUUAUACAUUGUACUGUUUCAUUUACCAAUACUUUAUUGUUGAAAGCAUUGUUUUUUUUUCUUGACAGUUAAAUAAACCAUUCUACAUUGAA